AUGCUAUCAAGAAAUAAUACAAAAAAAUGGUUAUCAUUGGAAGAUAUAUUUACGAAUACUUCAUUGGGUCAACGUAUGCUUAAUCAAAUUAAUUUAAAUAAUCUUCGAUAUACAUAUUAUUUAAUUACACCAAAUGAAACAAUGUUUGAAAGUGUAGAUGAAGUACCUAAUUAUACUUUACAGGUUAGUCUUUGGUGGUUAUUAUUUAUCAUAUGUGAAUUUUGUUUGUUAUGGUUAAGCGGAAAUGUCAAUCGAUUUGCGCUCAACGAUUCUGUUACAUCAAUUUCUGCUGGUAUUCUCUCACAGUGUUUCAAAUUUGGUGGUCGAACAAUUGCAAUAUUUCUUUAUGAUUAUAUUUGGAAUAAUUUUCGAUUAAUUGAAAAUUCAUGGAACUCACCGUUAACAUGGAUUUUUUGCUUAUUUUUUCAGGAUUUUAUGUAUUAUCUUGGACAUCGUGCUAUUCAUGAGAUUGGAUUUCUUUGGGGAUUUCAUGUUAUACAUCAUAGUUCGGAAUAUUUUAAUUAUACAACAGCUCUUCGACAAGCUGCUAUUCAAGAUAUUGGACUUGCUAUUUAUGAUGUUCUUCAAGCAUUUUUCAUUCCACCAUCAAUAUUUUUGGUUCAUCGAUAUUUCAGCGAAAUUUAUCAAUUUACCUUACAUACCACUUUAUUUGAUAAUUAUGGUAAGCUAGGAAUUAUCCUCAAUACGCCAUCACAUCAUCGUGUUCAUCAUGGUCGUAAUCCUUACUGCAUUGAUCGUAAUUAUGCAGCUGUAUUCAUCAUAUGGGAUAAAAUAUUUGGUACAUUUGAGCCGGAACGUCAAUCUGAAAAACCGGUUUACGGGAUUAUUAAUCAAGAAAUGACAUUCAAUCAGAUUUAUCUUCAGUUUCAUACCUUAUAUAAUCUACUAUUUAUCAAAUGGAGAAUGAAAACAGAAAAUGGCGAAUGGAUAUUUCGAGGAAUUGAAAAAUUGAAAGCUAUUUAUUAUCCACCAAUAUAUAUGCCUAAAAUGAAAGUGAAACGAUACUUUCAUUGGUUUACAAUGGUUGAUCAUGAAGAAGGCAUUCCAUUGAUUGAAAAUGAAAUAAUUCGCUAUAAUCCAAAAAUUUCGCACUGGAAAAAGAUAUAUUGUUUGGUACAUUUCAUGCUACUAUUAGCUGUAUUUUUUCAUUUUGAAAUUGAUCGCAAUCAAUUGUCACAUCUUGAUUUCAAUCUGAAAUUAGCAUUCUUUAUUAUAACCAUACAAUCUUUGGGAGCAUUUUUUGAUCGCAAAAUCUAUGCACCAUACCAAGAAGUUUUGCGAUGUAUUGGUGUAACAGCAUACUACUUUUACAUUAUUAUUGAUCCUAUAGGUGUACAACCAAAUAGACUAUUCAUGAUGACAAUUUAUAUAUCGAGUGCAGUAUUCUGGAGUGUCUAUAUUGCAUCGCAUAUCAAUGUAGUAAAUCACAAAAAUACUGGAAAAAAUAGCAAAAUGGAACAGAUUUCAACAAUUCAGGCAGUAACGAAUGGCAGCAAUCUACCGUAUUAA